GCUGAGAGGGUUGUCAUGGCGAGACGCCGUCACCCAGCAAGUGGUCGCCGCGGAGAUGAGGAGGCUCCGCCCCCCACCGGCGGGAGGUCCCGCCCCGGAACGGUUGUAUCAGGAUGAUGGCCGAGUCUCUCUGGAUGCCCCUCCGUGGCCCCCGGGGAACCCGUGGCCCCAGAGGUACCCGCAGACUGGCCCCCCACGCCCUCGGCACCCCUUCGCUCCGGAGCCACCCCCAGCUCACCAGGACCCCAACGCCUACUGGCCGCGGAGUGAUCCGGAAAGGAGCCAGUGGCAACGGGGCAGCCAUCGGAGGGUGAACCCCGGGUCUCCGGCCAACCAACCCCCCGCCCCCCAGAGAGAGUCCAGCACCGAUCUCGCCGACCGUCAGCCACAGGAAGAGGCAGCCGUGAGGAGGAUAGCGUUGGCUCUGGACAAAUAUGGCCUCGAUCUCCGUGACCUCAGCUCCCAGCAGCUCCGCAGCCUCUCCACAGCCAUCCUGCGGUUACUGCGGACGGACAGCCCGGCUCAGAGUGAGAUGGACAUCACCACCGAGAAAAAGGCAUCUAUGAUGGAGGGAGCCAUGCGGCAUUGGAAAGAGACCGAGGCUGACGUCCUUCGCUCCCCGGUGCCCGGCAUUCCCUCAGCCUCGCCCUCCGCUGCUCUCCCGGCACAGAGAGACCUUCCCGGCGACGUUCCCAAGCCGGGGCCGGCCAGCGACGUUCCCAGGGGACUCCCGAAGGCUCGGAGGGAGCAGGGGGCGGUGGCUGGAGCAGAGGGCACGGUCCAGGCGGGAAUGACCCAGGAAGCUCGGAGCCGGGUGGUGGCGGAGAUUGCCGAGAUGCCGGGAAUACCGGCGUUCCCGGCAACGCUCCGGAAGCUGGAGUCUGCGGCCGGCGCGGAGGUGCUCCCGAAGGAAGAGUACGGCUACAUUGUGACCGAUAAGAAACCCCUCGCUCUGUCGGACGGAGUGAAGUUACUGGAGACAUUGGCCCACAGGAUUCACCUGACCACAGCGAGUUUCAUCAACAUCAGUGUUAUCGGACCAGCCCUGACCUUCCGAGUGAGGCUGAACGGACAGAAUCUCACCAUCGCUGAGGUGGCGAGCAGAGCCAUUGCGGAGAAGUCAUAUCUGGAAGCGGAGACUGGUCUGAAAAUCCUACAGGCGGGGGUGGGGGAGAGGAACGAGCUGCGUUCGCUGCCCAGUCCGACCCGCCACUCCGAAACAUUCCGCUUCCUGUUGCUGUCGCUGGUGACGGUGGCGUGUGUGGCGGGCGUGCUGAUCGCGGGCACACUCACCUACUGCCUCCGACAGAACUACAGGCAACGGCAACGCGAGAAACUAUCCGGGCUGGGCACCGAGCCCGGCACCAACACCACCCUGGAGUAUCAGGAGCUGUGCCGGCAGCACAUGGCGGGCAAGUCCUCGUACGGGGCGGGUGAGGCAGUGGAGACGUCCCGAGUGAGCAGCGUCUCGUCCCAGUUCAGCGACGCUCCCCAGGCCAGUCCCAGCUCCCACAGCAGCAGCACUCCAUCCUGGUGUGAGGAGCCCGUACAGUCUAACAUGGACAUCUCCACCGGCCACAUGAUCCUGGCGUAUAUGGAAGACCACCUGAGACAGAGUGACCGGCUGCAGAUGGAGUGGGAAGCUCUGAGCCGUUACCAGGCCGAACCCAACACCUGUGCCAUCGGCAAGAGCGAAGUCAACCUCAAAAAGAGCCGCAAUGCCGACUUUGUGCCGUACGACCACAAUCGAAUGAUGUUGAAAGCCCAACUCAACCCCUCGAGGACCGACUUCAUCAACGCCAGCCCCAUCAUUGACCAUGAGCCCCGGAUGCCAGCCUAUAUCGCCACCCAGGGUCCCCUCUCACACACCAUCGCCGACUUCUGGCAGAUGGUGUGGGAGAACGGUUGCACUGUGAUCGUGAUGUUGACACCUCUGGUGGAGGAUGGGGUGAAGCACUGUGACGCGGCGGCGGCCGGUGGU